UGUCAUUCGCUUCUCCUUCGGUUACACCUCAGUGACUUCUUUUUUUCUUCCUCCUCCUCCCUUUAUUCCUCCAAAAAAAAAAAAUAAAUAAAUAAUCAAAAUUUUCUAGUUUCUUUUUUAGCAAAAGUGUUAUUAGUGAAAACAGUGUUUUUUCCACUAUUUUUGAGUUAUUAAUAAUAAAUGAGAAUAGGAAUAAAAUGGCAACCUUACGACGGGAUUUAAAGUACAUUAUUUUUUAUUACCUCGGACUCGUUUUGUAUUCGAGUUGUGAGGAAGCAAACUUUAAUAACAAUUCAAGAGUUUAUCAAAACGAAUGGGUGGUGAGGAUUGAAGGAGGGCCGGAAGUUUCCACGCUUCUUGCACUGAGAUCAGGUUACAUCCAUAUGGGACCAGUUCUUGGAUUUGAGAAUACAUAUUUAUGGCAUAAAAGCAAAAAUCCAGAUCAAAGAAAAAGAGGAAUUUCUCACUCGUUAAAAAUUUUAGACUUAACAUCAAAGAUAAUGUGGGCAGAAGAACAAAAAGUUAUUACCCGUCAUAAGAGGGAUUACAUCGUGUUGGACGAUAUUGAAUCAGAAAAGCCCUUGAUAAGAGAAAAGCGACUGCCUUUUGCUUUCAAUUCUGACUGCCAUGGUCAGUGUCCGAGAGAAAUUGAUAAAAAUAAAGCAAAACUUAAUACUCUAACAAUAGAUGAAUCAGAGAAUGUGAAAAUUUUCAACGAUGAACUUUGGGAUCAAGAAUGGUAUUUGCAAGACACACGAUCAAACAGAAACCUCCCUAAACUGGACUUGAAUGUUCUACCCCUGUACCGACAGGGGAUAACGGGUCGAGGAAUAAGGGUUGCAGUUCUGGAUGAUGGCCUCGAAUAUACCCACGAUGAUCUGCGAAAUAAUUACGAUCCUGAAAUCAGUUAUGAUGUUAAUAACAGGGAUAAUGAUCCGAUACCUCGUUACGAAGCAACAGGAUUAAAUAGACACGGCACUAGAUGUGCUGGCGAAAUAGCAAUGGAAGCUGACAAUAAAAAAUGUGGUGUUGGAGUGGCUUUUGAGGCAUCAAUUGGGGGAAUUAAAAUGCUAGACGGAGUUGUUAACGACCGGGUCGAAGGUGAAGCUCUCGGUUAUAAGCCAGAAUUGGUCGAUAUUUAUACAGCAUCGUGGGGUCCAGCAGACGAUGGAAAAAGUUUAGAAGCACCGGGCAGAUUGGCCUCUGAAGCACUCGAAAGGGGAGUCAAGCAGGGUCGUAAAGGAAAGGGUAGCAUAUAUGUUUGGGCUUCCGGAAAUGGAGGAUCGAAAUCCGACGAUUGUGGGUGUGAUGGUUAUGUUGGUAGCAUUUACACAGUGGCAGUGGGAUCUGCCAGCCAAACUGGAAGAUUUCCUUGGUAUGGUGAACGAUGUUCAGCCACCCUUGCGACAACUUAUAGCAGUGGAGCUUAUCACGAUCAAAUGAUUGUAACAACAGAUUUAAAAAAUAAGUGCACAAUAAAGCACACUGGAACAUCUGCUUCUGCCCCAUUAGCUGCAGGCAUUUUAGCUCUGGCUCUUCAAGCAAACAAGGAAUUAACGUGGAGGGAUAUUCAACAUCUAAUAGUGUACACAUCGGAAUACAGUCCCCUUAGAGAUAAUUUGGGAUGGUUUAAAAAUUCUGCUGGCUUCUGGUACAACCCACGUUUUGGCUUUGGAUUAAUGAACGCUUAUUCUCUGGUGGUUGCCGGUUAUAAUUGGACAACAGUUCCGAACAAGUCUAUCUAUAAAAUCCGAGCUGAUUCCGGAUAUAACUCAAGUCUGAGUUACGGGAGCUCAAGAAUUUUGAAAUUUCACAUGAAUGAAGGUGUUAGCUCUGAGGAGGACAUAGAUUUCUUAGAACACAUUCAAGUUGAUACGAACAUGAAAUACAGCGUUCGUGGCUCUCUUCAAAUGCAUUUGACAGCACCUUCAGGUACAAAGGUAGAAAUCCUGAAUCCAAGAGCUCUAGACAAAUCAUCUGAUGGUUUCACAAAGUGGAAAUUCAUGUCGGUAGCAACUUGGGGUGAAAAUCCCCACGGGGUUUGGCUUCUUGAAAUAUUGGAUGUGACUGGUCCAGCGACAAAUAAUGGAACUUUAGGGGAUUUUACUCUAAUUCUUCAUGGAACAAAAGAGAUUCCCCAAUAUCGUAAAAAUGGUGCUCGAUUUUAUAAUGACGAGUAUAAUCGGUCACGAAAGAUGAACGACUUUAAUUAUUUGAAAAAUACGUCCGCCAACGAAUUGGACACAAAUUCAGAAAAAUUAGACGAGAAUCAAUUUUCAGAGCGAGAUUGGAUAUUGCGUCUCCUACUGGGUCGUGAUCGAAACUAAUUUUAUAAUUUAUA